GUUAAUAACCAACAUAAACAUGGAGGUAAUUCAACAAUUAAAAUUUAUGGAACAACUAGGAAUCCAAAUGAUGUCAAAAAUCCAAAUCAAGUCAUAUCAACACGACUCAACUACCAGACACAUAAACAAGCUAUUUAUACAAGUCGGCUUUUGAGCUAUAAAAAUCUUCCUGAACCAAUAAAUGCCAGUUCAAUAUUUGCAGUUGAGAAUAUUACCAAUUAA